GGCAAGCUCCUCCGUUUUCUCUCGCUCUGCAUUCAGUCUUCUCGCUCUCAGAUCUCUGGCCUCGAUCCGCGUCUUGCUUCGUUGGAUCGCUUGCGCCGGUUCUCUGAUUUGGUAAGGACCGCCGGCACUCAGCCCUCCGUCAACCGUGUUGUCUUUGCCUUCGUUUCUCGCGAGUCCUCACGGCUGCACGGCUGCGAGUCCUCAUCAAGCCUCCUCCGCAUUGUUCUGCAAAGUUCUUCGUCCUCUCAAUCCUAAGCUUUCUGACCUCGAUCCGAGAUCUGUUUCAUCGGUUCGCUUGUGUCGGAUCUUAGCCUUGCUUGGAACCACCGCCACGUUUGCCUACUUUUCGAGCUUGUUCUUGUUUUCUCACCUUAGUCCUCGACUCUCGAGAGAUCUUAAGGCUGCGAGACGUUUUUGUCUGUAUCUUAUUUCGCUUUGAAUAAUCUCUGAGAUUGAAUUUCCUCUUGUUAGCGCCUCCAUUAUUACUUGACAGUUUAUUGCCAAAGCUUCAGCUACUCUCCAUUCGUAUUGCUCUCUCUGGUUUUGACUUAGCAAUGGGUUCCUCUCAUAGAUCCCGGUCUGCGGACAGAGGAAGGGAAGCUCUACCUCUAGUUGAAGAAGAUGAACCUGUCAUCUUACCCCCAGUGGAUAAUUCAAACCUGUUGGACCGGUUCAAGAAUACUCUCAUCGGACGCACCUUCUGCUCCGAAGGAAGAAGCACGGAGCUGCUUCUAGCAGUCAUGCCCAAAGCUCACAUCUGGGAUGUCGAGGGAAGAGUUAGAGGUUUUGAUCUAGGAAAUGGUCGAUUUCAAUUCGACUUCGACUCUGAAGGAGACCUUAAACGAGUCCUAAACAAGCGUCCCUGCCACAUCAAUAGAUGGAGCCUUGCUUUAGAGCGUUGGCAGCCAAACGUCCGCAGUGACUUUCCAAACAGGAUUACCUUUUGGGUUCAAACAAAAGGACUGCCUAGAGAAUUUUGGACUGAAGAAGCCCUCAGAAGCAUAGGAAAGUCUUUGGGUGAAGUUGUUAGUGUUGAUGAAAAGACAGGAAAAAUUGAAGCCUCUGUGAAUGUCACAAGACCCUUACGUUUUGAGAAGAAAGCAAUAGGUCCGAAUGGUGAAGAACACCUUGUCUCAUUUAAAUAUGAAAAGCUACACAGGUAUUGCUUUACUUGCAAAUUGAUCUCUCACGAAGAGAGAAGCUGCCCUAAUUUGACGGAAGAAGAAAGAUUCAAGCUGCGAGCUGAAAGAUCAGAAUUGGCCAGGAAAGAAGCAGAGGAAGAAGAGCUCUUUCGCGUGCCCCAGCCAUACCACAGAAACUACCCCUUUUCUUCUUCAGAUCAGUCCCCCAGAGAGGCGCCACGAAGAGAAAGAGCCCCUUCUCCCGUUGAGAGGAUUGGGAAACACUAUGAGCAAAAACAAGAUCGCUACACCCCGCAAGAAAGAAGACGGACUGAAAGCUCUAAUUCCCUUUCACUGGCAUAUGUGAACCCUCACAGGAAAGCACUUGACUCCAAGGAUCCAUCUCGAGACCGUUUCCAUGAAAAGCGUCUUUCGCAUCACUCUUAUGACUACUACAAAAAAGAGAAGGAACACAAACCAGUGUGGCAACGUUUGGAGACUAAUCAUUAUUCAGACUAUCCCCGACAUCGGGAGAACUUUAAUAAUUUUAAUUCUGACUACAGGAAAAGACGUUAUGACGAAUCUGUCGCUACUAGUUCUUGGCUCCCUAAAUCUCCUAGAUACCAAGAAGAGGAAGCUAGAAAUCAUAAGGCGCAACGACUAGACUCGGGAAACAGUAGAGAUGCUAGACAGAUUCUGGACAGGAAGAGGUCUUCAUAUCCUUAUCCUAGAGAAGGUAACAAAGAACUUUCAAGAUCUGUUCCUUCCCCAAGAAGAAAUGAUAGGGCUCAGCUUUCUUACAGAGAGAAGGGAAAAGGAAUCCAGGUAGAGGAAGAUGGAUCUAGAACCAUCACGGCGUCAGAGAUUCGUCAACACCGACUGAGCGGCACUGUUUUUUACCGGGAAAAAGCACCAAAAUCGCCUUCUACAACAAAAUCCCCAGAUCAGGCUGUAGGUACCAAAGAGGCUGCAAUCUCACCUUCUGACCCUAUCUCUCUUGCGACCCCGAAGGUAAUCACUCCAGAAGAGGAGGAUAUGCAACUCCAAAAAGAGAUAGACGAGAUGAAAGCGAGACAUUCAGCACUUUCUGCAGACGAGAGGAAGACCUUGCAGGAAAAAGCUGAUAAGCUUUAUGCUGAUGAGCUUCAUGCUCUUCAUAUGCGACAAGUAGAUGUUGAUAAUGAUGAUCUGCUAGAUGAUGAUAUGCAGAAUACAGAUAAUCAGUUGAGUGGUGAACACACGGUUUCUGAGCAGCUUAUCCCCAUCUCUAAUCAUCAAGAAAAAUCCAUAUCCCCUUCUCUUUCUCCAGGUAACAAGCAAGUUUCUCCCUCUCCUUCAAGGAGACCAGUGAAAGAAAGAAUUGAAAUCCCUAAAGGCUCCAUGUCAAAGUCAGCUCACAGGAGGAGAAGAGCUGAAACUAAAAGAAGGAUAAGUCAAAGUCCCAUUGAAUUACCAGGAGUAGCGUCAAAGAAAAGGAACAUCCUUCUUAACGGUUCCCCAAAGAAGAGGUCAGUAAACAAAAGUCAAACGCUCAGGUCUCGCACAGGGAAGCCAGCUCCAUCUCUCCCCCGCACUGGGGUGUUUCCAUCGUCGGUCAAUAAACGAACCAAGUCUCACUCAGGUCUGGUGGGGUCCCAGAACCCACCCAGUAAGGAUAGAUGAGGAUCCUCGCCUGGAAUUGUCA